AUGCGUGUUGGGUUGGGUUGCUUUGAACACGACAGUGUCAACUCAUCAGCAGUCUGCUCAAAUCAACUUCAAUCGAUCAAUCAAACAAAUAAUAAUUAUAGAAUAAUGAAAUUAUUUAAUCAUAAAUUUAAAACAACAAUUACUUUGAUCACAUUGGUAUUAUUGUUGUUGGUGAUAUCUAAUACGAUCAAUGCAUUUGAUAGCAAUGAAAAAGUAAGAAAUGAUCUACAUAAAUACAUUAUGGCACAUACAGAAGGAGUAAAGGACAUGCGACAUGGUCAAUAUGCAUUUGCAUUUUAUGGGUCUUUGGGUGCACAAGGUGGUGCAUUUCCAUUGAAUCGAUUUACAAGUUUAGAUUUGACAGCCCAAGGAACAUCAUAUUAUGUUUGUGAUAUCAACGAUUUUAGAUAUUUUAAAGAAAAAGAGGAAAUUAUAGUAAAGAACCCUAUAAAUUAUAACAUUAUACGAGAGGAGACCAACCAACCUCCUAUAGUGGCAGCACCCAUCACAGUGUUACAAACCAUGUCUAAACUCACCACCUCACCCUAUCACUCGGAAAGUGUCAUCAUCAAAUCACUAGGUUAUUUCACAGAUCCUAAUUACCCCAAACCCAAACUGGUAUACCAACCCAUUCGAUACCUCUACACUCAGUAUCAUCCAUGUUCUGUUUGUACAACCAAAAUAAUGAACAGCAGCUUUGUCAAUGAUAUGACCAAUGAUAACAUUCGAAUAAGAAAUUUAAAUGGACUUGGAGCUAUGUUACCAUCCACACCACCACCAACCACCCCCAUCGCUUACAAGAUAAACAGUGAAGAAUCGGUCACCAACCUUUUAUUACCAAGUGAUACAUCAAAAGAACGUCUUUAUCUAUCGUUUUCUCGACAAUGGGAUAUUGACUAUUGCCACUAUAUCAACAUUCGCAAACUUGCCGCUAAACCAGGUAUCCAGGUAGUGUCGGCUGCUACUAAUCGGUAUGGUGAUAGACACGUCGGAUAUCAAUCGACACUAGUGACAGAACUAGAGAGAAGUUCAAUGAUCGACACGAGACGACCAGAUGGAUCUAUAGUAUCUGAACUAUUCACUUUUCCAACGACUUUUAAAUCCCGUGAAUCCAACUGGCAGUAUCUAAUCAAUCAGGCAUUUGAUUUUUUCAUUGCCAACAAAGUUGAAAACUUUAGAUCCUUUGAAAGUUGGAAGGCAUUUCUUGACUCUGCUGGAUAUCAACAGCCAUUUUAUCAAAUUGUAGAAAAGGCACUCGUCGGCACAAAAAGAGAAGAUUGUGAUUGGUCACAAACCAUUCAAAGAGUAAAAGGAGGCAAAGGAUUAAUGUUAUUUAAAGAAACAAUGAUUCCAAUUGACCCUCCUUUUGAUGUUUCCGAACCAACUUGCAAACCAAAUGCCCCUUUGAAAAAGUUUCCUUGUUUAAAGACACCACUACCAAACUUUGUAAAGGACCCCAACCCCAUUCAGAAACCUGAUUGUGUUAUUACCAGUCAGUUCCGUGAUCGAUGGAACGAAGCUAUCAUCGAAUCUGUUACACAAACAGGAAAACCAACCCCAUCAACUCUGUUUAUCGAUGAAAAAACGGAAGAGUUCAAAUGUAACUCUGCAGAGAAUGCCUCUCCUCUCAAUUGUAGAAAUAAUAUUAUACAUAUAUUUUUCAACUCAAAAAAACAACAACAACAAUUUAAUAAUAUAUUUAGAAUAAAGUGUACUCCUUCCUCGGCAUUGAAAGAUGCAGUACGAUGA